UUGAAGAAGGUCAUACAAUGUUUACCACAACACACAGUAGGUGGCGGUACUCAAGUCGUAUGUUGUUCGUCUGCGAAAUUACUAAACGGCGAAGUAGAGCUAAAAAGUAAACACCGCUUUCGAGAAUCAGACUAAGUCAACAUUAACCGAACACGUUUGUUCCACAGUCUGUCGAGGAUUAGUGAGGAAAGAAACUGUGCUGAAUGAGGCCCAUUCUCUCUGGGAUUCCGUUCUCCUCUCGGGGCCACCAUGGGCCAGCAGUUCACCGGACAGGCGGUGGGCAGGCUGCCUGAGAAGGUGCUCAAGCACGCCGGCCUGGUGCGCGAAAGCGGUUACCUCACCUACGAGGAGUUCCUGGGUCGGAUGGCUGAGCUGAAUGAUGUCACUGCCAAGUUGGCUGCAGGACAGCCGAAGCACCUCCUGUUUGAAGUGGAAACAGGCUCCGACGCCACGGCCCUGUGGAAAGUGGCUGUGAGGGUAGUGUGCACGAAGAUCAACAAAGAGGAUGGCAUGGUGGAGGCCUCCCGCAUCAUGAACCUGUAUCAGUUCAUCCAGCUGUAUAAGGACAUCACCAGCCAGGCCGCGGAGGUCUUCUCAGGGGAGGCUGGCGCUGAGGGCCCCCCCCUCUCCUCUGUGGAGUCGUGCCAGGCCAGCAUGUGGAUGGGCAGGGUUAAACAGCUGACAGAUGAAGAGGAGUGCUGUAUCUGUAUGGAUGGCAAAGCUGACCUCAUCCUGCCCUGUGCUCACAGCUUCUGUCAGAAGUGCAUAGAUAAAUGGAGUGGUCAGAGCAGAAACUGCCCCAUCUGCCGCCUCCAGGUGACUGCUGCCAAUGAAUCAUGGGUGAUGUCCGACGCCCCCACAGAGGAGGACAUCGCUGGCUACAUUCUGAACCUGGCUGAUGAGGCGGGUCAUCCUCACAGGCCUUAACCCCCCCCCGCCCCCCUUCCCCCCACAACAAAAACAAAAAUAACAACACCCUCCUCUCCCUCCUCCCACACUCAACCAUAUGGACAGAUUUAAUGGUGUUCAUUCCCUUUUUGAGCAUUUGAGGUUUGAUUUAGUUUAAUUUAAAUAAGCUUUUGAAAGUUCCUCAGAAGAGGCAUUAACUACUGGUGGAUUUGUUUAUGGGCCAGCUUAUGGAUUUUUUCUUAAAGUAGGUAGAAACUCGUAAAAAAUUGAAAUAUGUGUAUACUGUGAGAAACCUGCUUUUCUGCAUACUGAAAUGUUAAGCUUUAUUUAUAAUUCCUAUUUU